GGUACGCCCGAGAAGCUGAUUGAGCACCUAAUGGCCGAUAUUUCGCCGGCGGACUCCAACUACCCCGAGGACUUCCUGCUGACCUAUCGAACCUUCCUGGACUCCCCUCUGCCAAUCACAUCGCGUCUGCUGCAGUGGUACCACAGUGAUCGGGUCCUGCGGUCUCGAGUGAAACGCUACGUCCUGCUCUGGGUGCACAACCACUUCAACGACUUCGAUGAUCGCCCCGCGAUGCUGCACUUCCUCAACAAGUUUGACGAUCUGCUCGUUAAGGAUGGCACCGGUACGCACGCACGCGCGCUGUUCUCUUAA